AUUUUUUAAACAGAACGCUUGGAAAGAUGCUAGUUCCAGGAUUUGAAAUCUCUUCACAUUACGUCCUCAUUUGCGGAUUAAGAUUUUGCGUCACGACACUGAGAAUAUUUGCACAGCUAGGGCUUACUGUUUGAUCGAUUCUUGCAGUUUUGAUGUUGAAGAAGUGUUUGUGGUACUGGUAUAUCUUUACCCUCAAGGUGUCAUUGGUUUUACUUGUAAUUGUUGUGUUUAUUGGAGAGUUUGGAUGUUUUCUAUGGGCUUUUUUUACUUGGAGGAUUCCUGACCAAUCCAGAGAUUCACUGAAUUUACUUCUCAUCUCUGACUCACAAAUCCCGGGAUACAAGGAAGAACCUGAAGGAAUUCAAGGAUGUAUAACACGUGUGGAUACAGACUGGUAUUUAUUCAAGGCUUUUUAUCUGGCCUUGGCAUCGUUUUCACCUGAUGCUGUUAUUCAUUUAGGUGACAUUUUAGAUGAAGGAUCAAUUGCUACAGAUGAGCAAUAUGAGGAGUAUAAGGCAAGACAUGAUAAGAUUUUCCACACCUUUGACAGAUCUGAAAGGAUCUAUGUUGCUGGGGACAAUGACAUUGGAGGUGAAUGGAGUGAUAUCCUCACAGAACAAAAAACAUUGAGAUUUCAACGACACUUUGGUCCCAUAAAUGAUGUGGUGAAACUGAAGUCUUUUCAAAUAAUUAAGAUCAAUUCAGCAAGUUUGUUAAGAAGAAAACCUUUUAGAGAGGAAAGAAAAAUCUACAAUAAAACUGUAGAUUUUAUCAAUACUCUUUCUCCAAAACUGGACAAGGAGAAGAUUUCCAUUUUAGUUGGUCAUGUUCCUAUUGACGAAAUUAGUGUAAAACAUGAUGUUCCAUUGCGCAAGUUAAUUCGAACUAUGAAACCAACUUAUGCGUUCUCAGGUCAUCUUCAUGAGCCAGCCACUGUUCAACAUGAGUUCGGAAUAUUUACCUUUACAGAAUAUGUGGUGCCUACCUGCAGCUAUCGCAUGGGAACGAAAAUGAUGGGGGCAGCCGUGGCAGUUGUAGGUAUGGUGUCAGCACCAACAAACCUCUGUCGCUAUAGUGACUUUGGGCUUGAUAAAAAUGUGCACAGAGAUGUGAGCCUUACUCAGAGGUGUUGGCUUCAAACUUUUGAUAAAGAACAAGAGUAAAAAAAUUAAUUUGGCUGAUCACUGCUAUAUUCCUUGGUAUGAGGAAGGCAUGAUUUUAAGUUGUAUCAAUAGUAUUUCAGCCAAUAUACCCUGUAUGUUUUUGAGGUGAAUCUUGUGGCUGAAGAUUAUUUCUUAAUUUCUGAAAUUUACAGGUGCAGUAUGAUUGUUUGCUAAUAUAAUAUUGUAAGUCUGUAGGUCUGAUAGGUAUUUUAAAAUAACUUUUUGCUUUACUUCAAGGUCAUCAGGCUAUGACAUAAUUAUUUGAGUUGCUUGGAAUGUAGGGGAAACCAAAGUGUGCAGUUUGACAAAAAGAAACAGAAAAUACUUGAAUUAUAUCAGAGCAAACCAAAGAGGCAGAGAAUGUUUAAGGGUGAAAAAGAUUGACA